AAACAAAACUGCCGGGUUUCAAAUCCUCCGCCUCCCUCUUCGCCAUCAUCUGCAGUGGCGGUGGCGUGACGGGUCGGAGCCGGGCGGCCCCCACGCGUGGCGGAGUGAUUCGUUUUUAAAAUUGGCAGUUCUUGAAGGUUGGCAAAGCACAGAAAAUGGCAUCUGAAGAGAUUACUAAGUUAGCAGAGUCGCUUGCAAAAACCAAGGUGGGCGGAGGGCAGCUGAGCUUCAAGGGCCAGUCUCUGAAACUCAACACUGCAGAAGAUGCUGAAGAGGUGAUCAAGCAAAUUGAGGAAUUUGAUGGCUUGGAAGCACUGCGUCUGGAAGGCAACACAGUGGGUGUGGAGGCAGCAAAGGUCAUUGCCAAAGCCCUGGAGAAGAAGUCAGAACUCAAGAAGUGUCAUUGGAGUGACAUGUUCACAGGGAGACUAAGAUCUGAGAUCCCUCCUGCUCUGAUCUCCUUGGGGGAUGCACUUAUUUCUGCUGGUACCCAGCUGGUGGAGCUGGACCUGAGUGACAAUGCUUUUGGGCCAGAUGGUGUGCGUGGCUUUGAGACACUGCUGAAGAGUCCUGCAUGUUUCACCUUGGAGGAACUCAAGUUGAAUAACUGUGGCAUGGGCAUUGGAGGUGGCAAGAUCUUGGCUGCUGCCCUGAAAGAAUGUCACAGGAAAUCAAGCGCUCAGGGCAAACCUCUGGCUUUGAAAAUGUUUGUGGCUGGAAGGAAUCGUUUGGAGAAUGAUGGAGCCACUGCACUGGCUGAGGCUUUUGGGAUAAUUGGGACCCUGGAAGAGGUUCAUAUGCCACAGAAUGGAAUCAACCAUCCUGGCAUCACAGCAUUGGCCCAGGCCUUUGCUAUAAACCCAUUGCUGAAGAUUAUCAACCUAAAUGACAACACCUUCACAGAGAAGGGAGCUUUGGCCAUGGCAGAAACUCUGAAGACUCUCCGGCAGGUAGAAGUGAUCAACUUUGGAGACUGCCUGGUGCGCUCAAAGGGUGCCAUUGCUAUUGCUGAAGCUGUCAAAGAAGGGCUCCAUAAAUUAAAGGAACUGAACUUGUCCUUCUGUGAAAUCAAACGAGAUGCUGCCCUAGCUAUUGCAGAGGCUACUGAAGAUAAGUCAGAGUUGGAGAAACUGGAUCUUAACGGUAACUGUCUGGGAGAAGAAGGCUGUGAGCAGCUUCAGGAGAUCCUUGAAGGUUUCAACAUGGCAGAUGUGCUGGGAUCCUUGAGUGAUGAUGAAGGGGACGACGACGAGGAGGAGGAGGAAGAUGAGGAGGAGGAGGAAGAUGAGGAGGAGGAGGAAGAUGAGGAAGAGGAAGAAGAUGAGGAGGAAGAGGAGGAGCAGCAGCAACAGUUGCAGGAGAGAGGGCAGGGAGAGCAAGAAUUGCUGCCUUCUAAAAAGAUCCUUGAUUCACAUGGCUCUCCAGUGUCUUCUCCAAUAGAUGUUGCCACAUUCCUUGCUUUCCCAUCUCCAGAGAAACUGGUGCGACUAGGGCCCAAGUGUUCUGUUUUGAUAGCUCAGCAGACGGAUGCAACUGAUACAGAGAAGGUGACUACAGCUUUCCUUAAGAUCUCUUCUGUGUUUAAGGAUGAAGCCCCAGUGAAAACAGCUGUGCAUGAGACAACAGAUGCUCUAAUGAGAAAAGCCUUUACAUCUGCCACCUUUAAUUCUGACGCAUUCAUCACCAGCCUGCUGAUCCACAUGGGGCUGCUCAAGAGUGAAGAGAAGGUAAAGACUGUUCCAAGCCUAUAUGGCCCACUUAUGACUCUGAACCAUGUGGUCCAGCAGGACUAUUUUCCCAAAUCCCUGGCACCAGUUCUCCUGGCCUUUGUCACAAAGCCUAACCGUGCUCUGGAUUCCUGCUCUUUUGCCCGCCACAUUCUGUUGCAAACACUUCAUCAGCUGUAACAGAAGCGUAAUGAUGUCCUUUUCCCCUUCAUAGACUUCAUCAGCAGAGAGUUCUUAACUGGAUGCCAGGAGAAAGUUUCGGCUUCUUUGGAAACAUUCUCUCCGUCUCACUGGGAUGUCUUUACAUUUUUUUUUUUUUUUUUCUGCUUCAACAAACUUGGAGGAAUCCUGCUGACUUUAUUAUUUUUAAAUUAAAUUCCCCACUUCCAAAGCAGACUCCCUGGUCUGCAGAACAAUGAGCUCUGCUAGAAUGAGUCCUAUGGCUCCUUGCUCCACAUGGAUCAGAAAAAAUCCCUAUUCGACCCAAGCUCAAUAUUUCUGUCCAGUUGUGCCCAUACCACCAUUUUACAAGAGGUACCAUACUUGAGGUUUCUCUGGAGUUGCAGCAGAGUCUGAACCCUACUAAGUUUUUUGGUUUUUUGUUUUGUUUUGUUUUGUUUUGGUUUUUUGGGUAACCAUGGCUCCUGUAUCAUGCUGCCCUCUACUAUUGUAGAAGAUAAUAGCAGUGUUUUGCUGCUGCUGCUUCUCCAGGUUUACCAGAUUAACCAGCCCCCUGCUGCUGUUCCAGGACUGAGGCAUGUUCCUCCUUGUUCUUAGUCUAGCCAUUGGAGGGUGCUGUGUGGCCCAUCUGAAUUUUAACAUAUGCCCCCUCCGACUGUAUAUUAAGUUCCCUUCCAGUGGAGCUGACCCUGGUGGUCUUUGCUUAUGGAAGCAAGCCUGUUUUGUUGUGAUAUUGCCAUUACCUGCAUUUCCCCCCUAUUUCUAAUUAAAAUAGGCUUGGUUUGGAAAUGAGUAGAAUCAGCUGAAUGCAUAUGGAGUUAAAUAUUUCCUUUCCUCCUUCCUUGCUGUCCCAGUCCCAUGUUAUAAUAGGAUCAUGUUCUCUCUUAUAUGUGAAUGUGGGACAGCUUAAAUGGGACAAAAUAGAGGUUUUGCAGUUGAGGAUACUUCACCCUCAGUCUUGGAGCUGAAAAAACACUCUGUUAGUAACAAGAAAUACCAGAGGGUCUUAAUUCUAUUAAAAUAUGGGGGAUUAUUUACCUGCA